GUCAUUUCUCGAGAUUGCUUCUGUAAGGAAGACUAAAAAGAAACUAACGCAAAUUUUAUUUGUUUAGAUUACAGAAUUUGAGUUCUUUAGAAAUUCGUCUUAAAACGUUUUUUGAAUAUUUUUUCGUUGAAGAGUUAUACAUAAUACCAUCUUAUUAACCAUAAAAUUAAUGUUUUAAAAAAACUGAAUUAAGACAUUAAUCUAACAUAUUUCACCUAAAUUUCUAAAGUGUUGUCAAAACUAACGCUUUCUAACGAGUACUUCAUGGAAAACUAGCUAAAAAAAUUAGAUGGAAAUUCAUUCCAAACAUCAGAAUUUGUGUAAAAACCUCGAAAUACAUAAAUUUUAAGUUGAAGAUUUAAGGAAGUCGCCGUCUGUACUCGUAACGUCGUUUUUGAGACUUAAAAACAUUAAAGUUCUCUUAUAUCCAGGGCGAGUAUUUCCAGACAACCAGCGCACCACAUAAAUACACGAGUGUUAUAGUUAUAUAUGCUUUAUUGAAGUAGUUAUUGCCAACUUCAGUCCUCACACUAUCAACUGAAAUUAAAUUAGUAUAAGAAAAAAAUAGUUAUGUUUGUUGUUUUACAAAAUGUUGCUACAGGUCUCAAAAUAAGCUUUAAUUUCCCAAGAAUAAAGAAACCAGAUAAGGUAAUAUGUUCUGUUAUAUAAAACACAAUUACAAAGUUGCUCGGGCUAGGGUUUUAAUAUGAGCUACAGUUUUCGAGGAGAUCUCUUUUGCUUCAUUCAGAGUCUUUUCGAGUUUAAAAGAGAGUUCUUUGUGAGUUAUGAUUGAUAGACAACAAUCUUAUAAAUCACUUUUGUUAACUAUAAGCACAGUAAUUGCAGUAUACCUUUAGGUGCGAUCCUUAAAGCAGUGAAGGAGAGUUUCAGAGAACUAAGGAAGACGACAUUCUUAAGAUAGAGGAAUCUAUAGUUUAGAUCCUUGCUGAGUAAUUUUGAAUCCUCCAUCAAAGCAGAAAACAAUAAAUUGUUGAUAACAUCGAUUGAACUUCGAACAUUCGAACUUCGAAUAUUGAGUGGAAAAAACAGUUUUUAUGAUACUGUGACUAGAAAUUAUCUAAAAUGAAUAAACUGUUUAAUAAUUAAGUGAAAAAGAAACGUACAACGAGUACAUUUCUAAGUUCGACAAAGAGUUAGUCAAACAUCUAGUGAGUCGACACCACUCAAGAUUCUGUCGACUUGAAGCCUAGAAAGUUGACCAAAGGGUUGUCUAGAAUGGAUUACCGUCGACCAGGGGCACGAAGGGUGGAUGAGGGGCACACAUCACGAGUUCUAGAUGGAGGAGAUCCGAGAACGCCAAUAGCCUGGCAGCAUAGGGACACUGCAGUAAACUAUAAUAAUGAGAAUCCAAGAACACCAAAUUCAAAUAGAUAUAGGUAUCCCCCAGGGACCGGUCCUACGACCCCCAGUAUUUCCAGCCGACGGGACCGCGGUCACUCUGCUGACCGGUACUCAAACCGCAGUCGGGGUAAUAAGAGCCGGUACGGUGCGGCCUACUCCGGUCCUCGGUCCCAGCCCAGCCCGUCCAGCACGGACGGUACAACAGAGGAGACGACGGAGACGGAUUCUCAACCGCCGCCGGAGCGAGAGCGGAGUGAUUACAACGGGCCAGUGAUGCAAGGAUACCCUGUGAUGGUUGGAUAUCCCAUGUUCUCCCCGUCCCUACCCAUGAUGGUUCCUGGUACAGGAUCAAUCCGAUCAGUUCAAUCUGUUCCUAUGCUAUCUCCUCCUUCUCACACCUGGGAUGGGGAACCUUGUCCUGUUCAUCAUCAUCAUCAUCAACAACCCAUGGUUCCUCUUGCUGCUCUUUACGGAAUGGGAGGUCCAAAUAUGGGUUACGGUCAUCCGAUGGGUUUUGGGCCAGCCUCAGUUCCAGCCUCCGUUAUAUCAGGGGCAACAACAGUGAGACGUGCACGAAGUGUUGCAGAAAUAUCUCUAGGGGGUCGUUACAAUCAACAGCAUCCACAAGGACAUGAAAUGGACGAAAGAAAAUCUUUCCACGCUAGUAUGAUGAGUCUAGGGCCGAACAUGAUAAUGCCGCAAAACAUGCGCACCGGUAGAGUAGUCCGCUCAGAAACUGGCGCGGCAUCCCAUUUACCUACGCGCGAACACCCUAAAAAGAUCUCACCGUUGCCCGGGAAAGACCUGGAAAAGCAAGUUGGAUUUGCUUGCUGCACUGGACAUUUUGUUGUUCUAUGGAUAAUAUUAGGAAUAAUCACUUUUGGAGUGCUACUGGGUAUAGUGCUAAAAUUCACCAUUUCUUAGAACAAUUGUAAACCAAAAAUUCACCAAAGUGAGACUAUUCUUAUAAAAUUUCAAAACAUUGUGAAAUUAAAACAAAACGUUGUUCAACACCAUAAAAACACAAGAGUGAAUCUAUCAAUUGCUAACAAUUUGGACUUAGAAACUUAGUUAAAAAGUGAUUUUACAGAUUCAAGUUUAGUGUUUAUAUUUGAAUUUUCCCUAAGUCUUGAAGCUAAAUAUUCAAAAUUGAAAAUAAAGUAUACAAUUGCAUUAUUAGCAUGAACGUUGUACACAGAUACAACAUUAAAUGUACAUAGAUUUUCCCAGCCAAAGAGCGAGGCGUGUACGUAAAAUUAGACUGCAUGUACAGAUUUCAUUAUGUACAGAUCUUUAACCAUUACAAUGUUAUUUAUUUAGUAACCAACUGGGUGACCUACUAAACAUGGUAGUUGAGAGACAACUAAAAGAUCGUCUUCGACUUUUGCUACAAAAAAUUGUAUAACUUAUAAUCUUUCUAAUAUGUUGUAUGCCUACUAUGCAUCUUUAAGAUUAUGAUCUGAAAGGUGUGAUAGCAAAAUAAAGGCAGAGCACAUGUUGGAAAUGCCAGGUUUAUUUCAUGAUUUUUCUUUCAAUAAUCAUAUAUGUAAUAAGAUUAGGUUUUUUAAAAUCAAAGAUGUCCUUGCGAUUGUCUCUCAACUAUCAUGUAUUUGAAAGUUGAAUUAGAAAAGUAACUCCACUUCUUUAUUUAAACUUUUCACAAGUAAUAUUUUAAUGUUUUAAGGUUUUUUUCAACACUCUCUGAAAUAGAAAAAAACCUGUCGCAAAAAGGUCACAAUAAACUCAUUCACUUACAUUUUUAUCUAUGCAAAAUCUAUCUAAUUAGUUUCGGCGUAAAAUUUCUAAUUAGUUCCUUUGUAUUGUGUAUGUUUAUGUAUGUAGAAGCUGUAAAAUCAAACUGUGACGCUGUAUAGUUACCACAAUUCAAGUUUUAGUUGAUAAAUUUUGCCAAUUGAUUUAAUUUCAAAUGAUCCCGCAUUUAUAGAGAGCUAUGUCCUAUUUACAAUGGUACCAUUAAAACCUUUGUUUGAUCAAAAUUGAUCAUUUUCAGUUUAAAAAAUGACGGAUUAAAUUAAUGCAACUGAUGUAAAGAAAAAUUAAGUACUUUUCAAAUACAGGUUUAAAGGGUAUCGUUGUGAAUUGUACAUAUAUACCAUUAUUAAAUGAGGGCCACUUGAAAUUACGUUUACAGCCCCUUUAAACAGUCAUGUUGUUUUGAUUGUUAUCAAUGAUAUUUUAAUAUAGGCCAAGAAAUGUAUGAUAUCAUAAUUAUGUGUUAAAAUAGUACUUUUAGUCGUUGUCAAAAAUAAAAUAUUAAAUUAAAUUAAAA